AUGUCAAGAAGUCCGCUACCCUGUCGAGAUGCCAACUGCAGACACGGGGACUGUUCGCUGUCUCGCCAGAACAAGCAGCUAGAGCAGCGCGUCGGAGACGAGCUGUUGCGUGCAAACAGAGCCGAAAGCAAACGAGAGCUUUUGAAAACAGAUUUUACACAUCUGGAAAGCGCCAUGAAAGCUCGUGAUAAGGAAAAUUCAGGCUUGAAGGAGAGAAUAGCAUCUCUAGAAGCAUCAUUGAAGGAAACAUCGGCGGCUCUUGAGGUCGAAAAGACUGCGGCAAAUGAGAUCCGAGGCACCCUGAGAAUGGUCAACUUCAACAAAGAGCACCAGCUUGUCAUGGCUCAACAAGCAUUGGCGCUUGUCAACAAGAUCCAGCUCGAUAAAGCAGAGACGUUGUCAGAAAUCAUCCAGGACUACCUACGUCGACUGGGCACCGACAUCAACCUGCAGGCGCUUCCAGAUGAAAAACAAGCCUCGAAUGCAUUAAGGACUCCGAAACGACCUCGAUCUGCUGAGCCAGUGGACGAAUCAGCCAGAAAGCAGUCAACAAAACCACGGAUUCCACCCCAACGGGAGAAGGUCGCCGAGGGAGGGCCCAACGGUGCCUAG